AUGGACUCGUCUGCUGUCUCACGAGCGCCAUCGCCGGCUCCAACACCCCGCCACAUCCCGUCGCUGCCCUCCCUACUCCCCGCCCCGGCAGCUCCUCCCGCAAAGCGUACCAACCUCGUCGAGCUCAAGCUGCGCCUGGCUGAGCUGCUGACGCCUGAACAAGGCGCCGUGUACUGGGCUGGCCUGGGCGACUUUGUCUGCGGGCGGAUCAACAGGCAGGAAUGGGACGAGGUGUUGAAGCGGGCGUUCGGCAAGGACAGGGCGAGGCGGGCAGAAGCAGUCAAGUUGCACAACGCUCUCCUCCUCGCGAUACUCUACAACACGACUCGCCCGUUCCUCCCUCCUUCUUCCGUCCGACACUCUGGCUUUCACCCACGAGGGGCGAAGAAGCGCGGUCUCGCGGCGGGCGAAGGUGGCGAAGUGGAGGAAAAGAGGCGGCGACUGCUCAAGGACAAGGUGAUGGCUCUCGGCAGGCGGGAGCGCGGCGAUGUCAAGCUGCUGGGUACGGCGAGUGCGGGACCGGCAUCGGCAUCUUCAGGGCGGGGGAAAGGGCUGGCGGCGGUUGAGGAGGAGCGCAAGCGGAAGCGAAGAGCGGGCGAGGCUUUGAGCGAAGCAAUGGGUGGUGCAAGUCGCGGUGGUGGCGGUCGGAUUGAGAUGGAUGGCGUGCCGAGGGCCCUGCGAGAGCGGGAGAAGGAGGGUGCGCCGCUGCCGCCGACUUUGUCGCAAGAUUACCUUCGCCUCGUUCAGACGCCGCUCUGUUGCGAGUCUCGUGUUCUGCCGGACUCGGAGACCCUGCGGGAUCGCAUGACGGCGACGGCGUACGAGGAGGGCUUGGCGGAAGGCGUCGAAGGACGAGCAUCUACGCUUGUGCAGGGUGCCAUGGAGCAUCACCUCAAGAACAUGCUCGCUGCUGUCGUCUCCCUUGUUCGCGGCACUCGACAGGCUGCGCCUCCACCUCCUCGAACAGCUUCUUCCUCUACUGUUUCGACACCAGCGCCCUACUCUACGUCGACCUUCGCGCCAGCCGGCUCUGCGCCAUCUGCUCCUUCCCCCGCACCGCCUGCUGCAGCCUCUCCCGCACCGGACGCUUCGCUCUCACAGGAGCCCGUCGACGAGCGAGAACCGCUCACGAUUGCCGACUUCCACGCCCUCUUCGCCAUCUCCCCCUCGCUCCUCGGCCAACAUCCCAACGUUGGUGCCGUCGAGCGGAUGUACGCCCUGCCUCCACCCGACUCGGACACGUCGGAUGAGGAUGAGAGCGAGGCUGAGCGCGAGGAGGCGCAUGCGCAGGCGAGGACGGCGGAUCAGCAGAAGGCGCUUGAAGCAGCAAGGGACGCCGAGGGAGCCACCGAGAUGCUCGGUGCGAAGCCUCUUAACGCAGCGGUUGCCACGCUCUCGUCGGGUGCGUCGAGCUCAACUGGCAUGGGUGCCGGCAAGAAACCUCGCUUGUCUCGCUCGCGCGCAUCCUCGUUCUACGGCGCGACUCGGCCUGUACCGGUUUCGGCUCCCUCCUUCGCCAGCGGCAUCAAGGGCAAGGGGCGCUUCGUCAUCGACCCCUCUUCCCUCCAUGGCAUUCCCGAAGGUCACCCCGCCGUUCCGCAUCUUCCCUCAACUCCUCAGCCUCUCCUUCCUGCGCACCUCGCUGGUCCACCCGUCCCUUCCGCCUCGCCUGCAGCAGCAGCUGCCGCGAGCGCGUCGACCACCGCGCCUGGUCAGCUUAGUCCGAAGAGUCUUGCCUUGCGCAACUCGCUCUUCCCGGAGCUGAUGGGCGAGUCUGGCACGGCGACGCCAGCAGGCGAUGCUGUUUCGAACGGCGAUGGCAACGGGACGACGACGGAUGGCGGCGAGAGCGAGUCGGAAGACGACGGCAAGGGGCUGUCGGGAACGCCAGCGCCGCCUUCAACCGGUCUCAAGAUCAAGCUUGGCAACUCUGCUGUCGGUCAAGCGGGUCAGACUGGCAGGCGCGCGAGCAUGUCAGGACCACCGGGAGCGGGACGGCCGAUGCCGACGAACGAGAAGGACCGCGAGGCAGGGAGGAAGCUGUGGGAGGUCGUCGACUCGGUUGGGCUGCUCAACGGGGUGCUGCAGUAA